UAUACUUGUCCUUGUCUUCCUUCCAUUAUGGCGUACAUGUUACCACAUCUGCAUUCUGGCUGGGCGGUCGACCAGGCUAUCUUGGGUGAAGAGGAACGGCUGGUCUGCAUACGAUUCGGCCACGACUAUGAUCCUCAAUGCAUGCAAAUGGAUGAGGUUUUGUAUAAUUGUGCGGAGGAUGUUAAGAACUUCGCGGCGAUCUACUUGGUUGAUACUAGGGAAGUGCCUGAUUUCAAUACGAUGUAUGAGUUGUAUGAUCCUGUUACAGUUAUGUUUUUCUAUCGGAAUAAACAUAUGAUGAUCGAUUUGGGCACUGGUAACAACAACAAGAUCAACUGGCCUAUGAACAACAAACAGGAGUUCAUUGACAUCCUUGAAGUUAUAUAUAGAGGAGCAAGGAAGGGUCGUGGAUUAGUGGUAUCACCUAAGGACUACAGUACGAAGUAUAAGUAUUAGAUUCUAUCACAAACACUGUUGGUUGGUAUGAAGGUUUGCUG